AUGAUGCAGAGUGCGACGGUGCUGCAGACAGAGAGUCCCGUGAAGGGUUUACCGGAGAUUCUUGGCGUGCAAAUGCAACAGAUCCCUCAGUGCGCUGGGUGCAGCCAGCACAUCCUGGACAAGUUCAUCCUCAAGGUGCUGGACAGACACUGGCACUCCAAGUGCCUCAAGUGUGCCGACUGUCAGACACCACUGGCGGACAAGUGCUUCUCGCGGGCGGGAAACGUCUACUGCAAAGAUGACUUCUUCAAGCGUUUCGGAACAAAGUGUGCGUCGUGCCAACAGGGGAUCCCUCCGACGCAGGUGGUGCGGAAGGCCCAGGACUUUGUGUACCACCUGCACUGCUUCGCCUGCGUGAUGUGCAGCCGGCAGCUGGCCACCGGGGACGAGUUCUACCUGAUGGAGGACGGGAGGCUGGUCUGCAAGGAGGACUACGAGACCGCCAAGCAGAACGAUGAUUCCGAGGCGGGAGCGAAGCGACCCCGGACCACUAUCACGGCCAAGCAGCUGGAGACGCUGAAGAGCGCCUACAAGACGUCGCCCAAGCCCGCCAGACACGUCCGGGAGCAGCUGUCCUCGGAGACCGGCCUGGACAUGAGAGUGGUGCAGGUGUGGUUUCAGAACCGGCGGGCGAAGGAGAAGCGACUGAAGAAGGACGCCGGGCGACACCGCUGGGGCCAGUUCUACAAGAGCGUCAAGCGCAACCGGGGCGGCACCAAGGUGGAGAAGGAGAGCUCGGCGGACGACGCGGGGCUCAGCGACAGCGAGCUCAGCUUCAGAGACGACCAGAUCCUGUCCGACCUGGGCCACACCAACGGGCUGUACGGCAGCGUGGGCGACGUGGCCAACGGCGGCAUGCUGAACGGCAGCUUCUCGCUCGACGGCGGCGGCGGCCAGGGGUACCACGACAUCCGGGCCGGCAGCCCGUACGGCCUGCCCCAGUCGCCCUCCUCCAUCACCUCCCUGCCCGGCCACACCCCGCUGCUGAACAACCUGGCCUUCAGCAUGGAUAGUCUGGUGGCCCAGGGGGGGCAAGGCGGGGUGGGGCAGGCCCUGAGGGCCAUGGCCGGGGGGCCCACCUCAGACCUGUCCACGGGCAGCAGUACGGGGUACCCGGACUUCCCCACCAGCCCGGCGUCCUGGCUGGACGAGAUGGACCAUUCGCAGUUCUGA